AAUCUACUACAUAUUUUCAUUUAUCAUUGCAGAUAGUCACACUGUGAGCGGCGCAUUCAGUUUUAGAAACCCUGCGUUGUAAUCUCUCUUGGCGGUUUGAUAGGAAAACCCAGCUUCAGUUUUUUUCUUUAAGCUCAGCGUAAGCAGCAAGCAAAACAAAACACAUCAAAAUGUCUACAGUCGACAAAGAGGAAUUGGUCCAAAAGGCAAAGUUGGCCGAACAAUCUGAAAGAUACGAUGAUAUGGCUCAGGCUAUGAAAUCAGUCACAGAAACCGGUGUUGAACUGUCAAAUGAGGAAAGAAAUUUACUCUCCGUUGCAUACAAAAAUGUUGUUGGUGCCCGCCGAUCAUCGUGGAGAGUAAUUUCAUCAAUCGAGCAAAAAACUGAAUCCUCCGCCAGAAAACAACAGCUCGCCCGCGAGUACAGAGAACGCGUGGAGAAGGAACUUAGGGAAAUUUGUUACGAAGUUUUGGUAAGUUUUUUUCCGUGUGUAUUUUUUAGAUGCUGUUUUCAUGUUUCAGUCAUAAAUAAUUAGUAGUACUGAUUAAAG